CCCAAGCCCCUCCAAUAUCCCCCAUCGAACGAUUGUCUUCGGACCCUCCUACAUUCGGCCCUUAUCCUUGUUGAUUCGGACCCGAACCAACGUGCCAGUAUUGGCAGUCCCUGACAUGUUGGCCUCCCUGACGAAGUAGAAGCAGAAGCCAGGAGUGUCCCCAAGACAAACAAACCUACAAUCCCCGUGGACCGUGGCGAAAGGGGCGUCGCUUACCAGAAGAGUAUUCGUACCGAGAACACUAGAAACAUAGCUUGGGCGACUUGUGGCAGAACCUGCAUUGUGCCUGUGUCAGCUCCUGCAGAGGGGGCGGGAGCAAUGCGCAGAAGCCUGCGGCCAAUCCAGUCAAGGCAGCAAACAGCACCAUCACUCCUUCUGACCAUCACGAGUUCGUUCCCGGCCAGAUUCUCAUCAUGUAUCAAUUGUGCCAUCAGGGUCAGCCUUGGGACUGGUUAGUCGAGGCGUGUGGCCAGCUGGUAUAUGAAGAGAGAGGAUGGAAAAGUUUCCGCAGCGCUGUCUCUCUCUCUCGACUGCCCGCUUCUUUUCCUUGACGUAGCCCGUUUACGCUAGGCUCUCAUUGUCCAGCAACGGCUCCCAAGCUGCUCGCCGUGUGGCUGCCUAUUCCCUACUCCCAGGUUCUCAGAUCCGCACGGACUGGUCUCGGGCGGGUUUGCCUCAUCGCCACGGUUCACGGCAACAUGUCUCUAGACUGCAGCGAUCCCAGGAGAUCUCCAGAACACCCUCCGGAAACGCCCCGAGCGCCGCGAACCUGCAGCCGUGAUACGACGGUAGAGCAAUGCUUUCCCCUUCUGCAUGUUGGGGGCCCUUUCUCUGGGUGUUGCCAAAGAGCGCAUGCUUACGAUCGAAGGAUCUUUGAAACACAGCUCCCCAAUCAACGUCAGCCUUGUUGGCGUCGCCCCCCGGGGGCCCGGAGGAUGUGCCCCUCCACAUGGUCCCUGUUCCGAUCUAAAUUACACCCUCAUUGCCCAAUUCUCUGUCAAGUAACGGUUUCUUCUCCUCCUUCCUUUCCUUCUGCCUACCCUGGUCCCUUAUUCCGCUCGUCUCCCGCCUCUUUCUCUUGUUAUUGUUUUAUUUCUGUUCUCUGUACCAUUCUUGAUCUAGUAGAUGCCAAGCGAGCAACCUACUUCAUCGUAACCAACAACAAUUUCAUCGACCUGUUAGUCAACAGAUCGAAAGCAGACAAAAGGUCGGCCAGGGAGUGAAAGUGGGCAAGCAGCCCCAGCUUCAAAAUGUUGUUCAGUCGGCGGUUGUCACCCACAUCGGCGAUUCUGCUCCUCAGCAAUGUCCUCAAUUUCGCUGAGGCUGGCGCCUUUCCUCGCCAAACACAAGAACAUAUCGCCCUACGCACGCUAGACGUUAGAAACUGGCCACUGGCCACGCCGGCGCCAUGGCUCGGCAUGAUGAGGAGGCAGGACGACAGCAGUACCAACACCGUCUGCGGCUACCUCGGUGGUGACCCGAACCUCCCCGCGACAUGCUCCGCCGGAUCUCAUUGCGCCAUGGACGCUUCCGCCUCCGCAGUCGGCUGCUGCCCGAACGGGGCCGCCUGCACGACGGGCGUGUACACCAGCUGCGUUGAUAACAACAGUCCCACUCAGACGGUAUCGAAUCCGUACAUCUUCACAUGUCAGGGAGACAACGUGUGCUACCGCAAUGCCUACGAGGGCGGCGCCUACCAGUAUGGAUGCGGCACGGCAAGCCAGGGCACCUCUGUGUUCGCCACUGCUUCGGGACUUAGCACGACGGUUGCCAUCACUCGCAUCUCGGGUCUCGUGACAAUUGAAGCGACUUCGUCGUCUACCAGCUCCUCCUCCAGCAGCAGCAGCAGCUCAUCCACCUCGUCUUCGACGAGUUCCACAACGAGCUCGACAUCAUCGACAACCAGAUCGCGGUCCUCGACUUCGACGACGAGAUCAGCGACGACUACACAGACCCAACCACCGACCUCCAGCGCCGCUGCCCCGCCGCCAGGCGCAGCUGAGGCAGCACUGCGACGACAUGGAGCCGUCAUUGGCGGAGCCAUUGCCGGUGCCGCCAUUUUCGUCGCUAUUGUCUCGGUGGCUCUCUGGAUGCUCAAGCGCAAGCGUGGAAACCGGCGGCGCGGUCCUGGUCUUGGCAAGGGAACGUCAUACAUCCCGCAGACCAACCCGAAGGACUUCACUCCCGUGCCGGGCGGCGAGGUCAUGUUUGAUCAGGCAGGCUAUGGCCAUCCGGCCAUGAUGCCCGGCGCUCAUGGCACGACCACCUCCAUCUCGGGAGGCAGGUCAGCCAACUCGCCGCCGUCCUCUACUCCCGGGGGUUACAAUCCUGCCAGCGGAGCUUCCGCAUCGGGAGCGUCCCGGUCUAUUUACGAAGACAUGCCACUGACUCACCAGAGCGAGAUGGAAGAAUUCUCGCGAGGCUAUAACGACGCUGUCACUCCCGCCGGACACGACGAUCACCGCGCCGUGAGCUCGGGAGGCAACAGCAGCGCGAAUCCCUACGGCGCCGGCGCCGUUGCCGGGGCGUCCUCCGGGCAGCAGUCUGACGUGGCGGAUGAGAGGCCACUGUGGCAGCAGAAUCGGAGGCAGAGCCGGAACUUGAUGUGGAUGUAAGAGGCGAAUUUGAAAUCUGGCAUGGUGUUUUGGAGUUGGUAGAAAUCCCCAUAUUCGCCUAGGUCUCAUUGACCUAAACAUGGUUGACUCGGGACGCUGGGAAGCUCCCGACAAUGUACACGAUCUGUAACCAGUAGAUAAUUCUGUUCAUAUCUACAGCCGUUCGACACAUUUUCCCAGCAUCAUCGUCUGUGUCGUUGUCUACGCUGCUUUCUGCCACUUGAAAUGAGCUUCUUUACACGUCAUUAACCCUGAUCCAGCUGGAUUUUAGACCGGCACUUCGGCAAGCCAUUCCGUUGCGCCCUAGUUUUGUAACAUCACCCU